GUGUGACCCCACUUGGAGCCCGCCUGGGGCGCGGUCGCCGACGAGGAGCUCGACUAGGAGGGCGGCUGGCGAGCUGGGCCUCGAGUUGCAGCCCGGGCCGGCGAAGCCAGGAAGGGUCGGGAUGGCGUGAACGGCCCUCUCACCAGCUCUACCUCGCUGGUGCCGAGUCCGACUAAUUAGCUAGCUUCCGUCAUUCAUCAAAACGCGUGUGUUGGGCAUCUCGCGAGCGCCAGGCCACGUGCCGGAGCCGGGAUGCUGUGGCCGGCAGUGGCCGGGGCCCCGCAGUUCGGACGAAUGCCGGGAGGUAGCUAGCCCUGAGGGCUGGGACGGGGGACUGAUCGAGGGGGAGACCGAGACGAGUGCGUUUAGGAAGAUCGGGACCAUUUACAGAGACGUAGGCACUUGUACCCGGAAAGACGCCCUCUCGGUCACUCUGGCUGCACUGCGGGGUCUUAGCCCUCGCAGGGACACAAGCCGACGACCUAGAGCAACCGCUAAUGCAGUUGUACUCUCAGCAGGGAAGAGCUCGCAGCCACCCGCAGACACGGAAGGGAGGACGCAGAGGUACGUGCAAGGAGCUCGGGGCGUGCCCGCGCGGCGCCGGGGCGUACGGGGCGGGGCCACGUCAGGGGCGGUCCAGGUUCAGCCCAGCCCUCAGUAGCCGGAACGCGGGAACGCGGAGCGACGGGAAGGCCGGAACUUUGAGAGGGGCACUGCGGGCCGGACCGCCAAGGGGCGCGCGCCCGGAAGCAGCGGGUUGACUGCCAGAGGGGCGAUGGCACUCGCGGUGCUAGGGGUUUCUGCUCGCGCUCUGCGCUCACGGAGUUGGCUCCUGGGAACUUGGCAGACACAGAUUAGAGAUACCCACCAGCGAGCUUCUUUAUUAUCCUUCUGGGAACUAAUUCCCAUGAGAGCAGAACCUCUGCGAAAGAAGAAAAAGGUAGAUCCUAAAAAAGACCAAGCAGUAAAGGAUCGUCUGAAAAAGAGGAUCAGACGACUGGAGAAAGCUAGCCAGGAGCUAAUUCCCAUUGAAGAUUUUAUUACACCUGUGAGGCUCUUGGAUAAAGCAAGACAGCGGCCUCCUGUGGAGCUUCCCUUUGAGGAGAGUGAGAGGAGAGCUCUGCUUCUGAAGAAGUGGUCUCUGUACAAGCAUCAAGAGCACGAGAAGGAGAGGGAUGCCAUCAGGACCAUGCUCAAGUCCCAGCAGGAAGCUCUGCAGGAGCUGCAACUCAUGUCCCCAGAGCUACAUGCAGAGGCCACCAAGCGGGACCUCAGUCUGUUCCCCUUUGAAAGAGAAGGACCAGAUUACACACCACCAGUCUCCAACUACCAGCCCCCUGAAGGCAGGUACCAUGAUAUCACCAAGGUAUACACACAGGUGGAGUUUAAGAGGUAGAGCUGCAGGCACCUGCCCGCAGAACACUCUGCCCUUUAGAGCCAGGAGGAUGAGGGCUCAAGCUUGCUUGUCACAGAACCAGGGAUGCUGUGAAUAAAUAUGUUUAAUCAAGUG